CUAAACUUCGAGAAACACAUCAGCAACACUCAGACGAAAGCAUACAAGGCGCUUAAGGCAAUCAGCAAGAUCACACAAGCAAAAAAGUCACCCAACCAAGAGGCCCACAUCCUCCUGUACACAACCCUGGUUCGUCCCAUGCUUGACUACGGAGCAGAAUGCGUAGUUUCGGCCGGAAACAAGGUGGAGAAGACAUACUCACCCAUCCAAAGACAGGCACUCCUCGCUGCCACAGGGUGCUUGGAGAGAACUAGCACAGAGGCUCUUGAAGCCAUCACAGGAGUACUACCAAUUGAUAUACACCUCACAUGCAGACAGGCUCAAACUUACCUAAGACUGACAACGAAACACACGGGAAACGCUAUCUACGACACCAUCUCCCACAUGAGCACACGGAAGUCAAACACUCAAACUGGCACCCCAAUCCACCUGCUGCAAACCAGAUUCAAUGAAAUGAAGGGCGACAUUGAUGAACACAUGAUGGACAAGGAACCGUACUAUGAUGCAAGACUCCCUCCCUUCGCUAUUGGCUCCAUCACAGGCACAUUCGUAACUGAAACCAACACUACAGAGGGAAAGGACAAGGCAAGAAGCAAAAUCCUAGACAUCCUGACAGAAAUAACCAGCAGCACUACACCUACCACCGUAAUAUUCACAGAUGGCUCUGCCCUUGGUAACCCAGGCCCCACUGGGUGUGCCGCAGUCAUCUAUGAAAGAUGGGGUCACACAGAACCAUUCGCAGUUCGCAAAGCAGUAGCCGCUAAGUCCAACAACUAUGAGGGGGAACUGGAGGGACUUCAUCUGGCCAUAGACACCAUCACCCGCAGACAAACCACAAGCAAGAGAGUACUCAUCCUGUGUGACUGCAAAGCAGCAAUCGAGAACGUCAUAGGAGUACAGCAGGUGGAAGCCUACAACGCCCUGGUACACACCAUCAGAAACAAACUACAAGCACUCCGACAGCAAGGUAUCACCACACAAAUCACAUGGUGCCCAGGGCACAUGGGUAUCUCUGGUAAUGAAAUCGCAGAUAACGAAGCUAAACUUGCAGCCAACGAGGCAUCAACCAACCCCCAAAACAGCACAUCCUGGACCAAGCAUCAAGCCAUGAAACACAUUGAAACAAAAGCACAUGAGAGAUGGGAUAGAAGAACAGAACUCAACAUGACAAGUCAACACAUGCUGAAGAUAGGAACAAACAUGAAGAAGAAAGGCAGAGCACUUGGUAGAAGAAGCACACAAGUCACCAUCAACCAGCUGGUGAGCGGGCACACCAGACUCAAUGCGUACCAGAACUGGAAAAACCCUGAAGUCUCACCAUACUGCCCAAACUGCGACGCUCUGGAGACCACCAACCACUACCUGUACCACUGCCCCCGCUAUGAGAACGAAAGGCAUCACAUGCUGAUGGAAGCAGACAACAUUCACGAGACCUACAACACAGCAAAGGAAGACAGAGACACGGACAUCGUCACACUGGCCGGAAUGAGAGUAGGACUUCCUGAAGGAGCAAACAACCAGAUGUAUCUAGCCCUCUCCCGGUACAUCGAGAGUACGCGCCGAUUUGACGUGCUCUCCUAG